UGUGCUCCACUGAGAGGAAACUAUUUGCGAACGAGCUCCGAGUCCUGAGCCAGCUUUAAUUAUCAGGAGCUUUGAGCAGCCUCUGUCCUGACUGGACAUUAAGAGGCCUCUCCAUCCAAAGCAAAGCCAGGGAAGAAGAACUCUUGAGGGCUCCGUCAAGCGUGGAGGUGUGGAGAGGGAGAAAGAAACAUGGACACAUGCACCUGUGCUUUGGAGCUGCUGGGGAUGCUGGUCUACGUUGGUGCAUGGCUGUGCGCUUUAGCCACUACCAUCUUACCACAGUGGCUGACCAUGUCCACCGCACUGCUGCCUAUAGAGAGCUACGACCUGGGGCUGUGGGAGACCUGUGUGGUCCAGGAUGUUGGAGGUAUUGAAUGUAGAGGUUAUGACAGCUUGAUGGGCCUGUCCUGGGACCUCAAACUGGCACGUAUCCUCAUGUGUACAGCCCUGGCUGUGGGUGUGCUGGGAAUUCUAUUGUGUAUACCUGGCCUUCACCUGAUCCACAGCUGUAAAGAACAUGGAGGCGAUCGAACCAAGAGGACUUUAACCAUCAUAGGAGGGGUGUUAGGGAUUAUUUCUGGAGUUCUGUGUCUGAUUCCCGUGUCCUGUAUGGCUCAUAUAGCAGUCACAGAGUUCCAUAAUGAACAGUUACCUGAAGUGGUGCCUCGGUGGGAGUUUGGAGACGCUUUGUUCUGCGGCUGGGUAGCCGGAUUCCUCCUCAUCGUGGCCGGGCUGCUCAUGAUUGCAUCAUGCUCGUGCUCACAGGAGGAACCCCAGCCCAUGAUGCAGCAGAGACGCCAGAUGAUGAGCAAAGAUGGUAACCUCAGGGAGCGUAUGGAGUAUGUUUGAUGGAGGAAUUACCUGCAAAGAGACUGACAGCAUAACACCUGUACCAUCUGUAGAGCUGCACUUUAAACUGCUUUUGCCACAAAGAUGUAAACAACAGUUUACAUUUUUAUAUAUAUACAUGUAGAAUACAAGACAAUGUACUAUAUGAAAGUGUUUUAAUCAUCUUGUUCCAGAUAUUUUAAACUAUCAAACAUUACAUUUUAAAUGACCUGCUGUGAUCAAUACAAAUAAGUAUUUUUUUUAAGAUGGGUUUUUGUAAAAAAUACAUUAUAGUAUCCCUCAUUCUCGGAUGGUUUCAGGAACUUUCAUUCAUCAACAGCAAAAAAAAAAAAAGAAAAACAUUAUUUGCUCACCUUUUCAAAUGCUGUAAUUUGUCAUUUAUUUGUGAUGCUAAAGCAUAGAGAGUACUUUUUAAAGCACAAAUUGUUUAAUAUCGUGUUAAGUUUGCUUAUGAGCUGUAUUGUGCAGCACUAUUAAGAUGAUUCAUACAAAAUGUAUUUUUCUUUUCAUUAAAACAGCCUCUUUCCUGUGCUGGUA